AUGGGCCAGGCAGGUGUCACUAAUGUGCCGGGGCAGACACCUAACCAUCCUCUGCCAACACUAACCUCGUAUUAUCCAUCCCUACCUGCCCUUCAUGGAAGGGAAUUGAGACAAAAAAAUCGUCAUACGGUUCUGAUAUGGCAGUUAUACCUGAUGCCUUCCAGGAAAAAGACUCGUUCGACUUCUAGAAGAGCGGUGCCCAAGGAGGAGCCGUUGACCAUCGCAGGAAGCAGCUGGGCAGAGCUAAUCCUCGGAGGAUCCUAA